AUGGCGCAAUUUCUUUCGAGGGCAGUCAAUGACGCCCCAAAUAUCGCAAAACUUAUGAACACACUGGACAACAAAAUAGACGAAAUGAGAGAGGAAGCAAAUAAAGGUUUUGAAACGCCGUCUUACAUUUUCUUGGGGCCCAUUUACGAAGAAAUGUUACAGGCAAUUACUGCCACAGACGUAACAAUUGCUCAGAAGUGGCUACUCGCCGUCGCGUUUGUAAUAAAAUCGGAAAUGAUACGGCUAGAAAACGGGGGAACUAUGCCAGACCAGGCAUCGGCAUUUUUUGAGGGACUCAUCUCAACGCUGCUGGAUACGCUAGAGACACUAGAGGGUAAACCGUCACUUCUCGCAAAUGACAUGUGGAUUACAUUAUGUAAAGCCGUUUCCAUAAUCCUGAAGCCAAAUGUAGCCGCCUCUGUGAAAUGCCACAAGAGAAUGGCGAAUCGCACCUUCAAGUUUGUCCUGCAAACUGCCAGCACUGAGCGCACGGAACAACUGCUAUUGUUGUUACUCACGUGGAUGUGUUCGGUGCGUUCAUUCGACGGGGAAAGAGCAGAAGAUGUUGUUUACAUCAACCAAAUGCAAAUGCUCCAAAGAUCAUCAAACGACAGCACUAGCACGGAUGCAACAUCGCUAAUCCUGUGCAAUCUCCAAAAGGUGAAUAAGAGGGAUCCUAAGGUGCUGCCGGCAUUUAUAAAUGAAAAUGUGAAACUUGUGACAAAUGAACUUGUACUAGGCGCCACCGACAAGCUAUACAGAGUGCUUCAAAUGAUAGGCGCUGUUUUAAACGCCUGCAAAAAAUGUGACUCCGAUAUCUUCGUCGACUUGGAGCCGCUGUGGAAUAUGUUCGACGCACUCUUUCAACAUCUAGGAGAUCUGUCAAGCGGAACUGUGACUGAGGCAAUUUUGUUACUAUCGCUUGUUGCCAAGUGGUUAGGACCGGAUUUAGUUCUAGUAAACAUCCAACACAUCCAAAAAAUCGUAACAAGGCUAUUCGAUCACCAAAUCGAUACGUUGAUGCAGCACGCCACUAACAUAGAAAAGCUUUUACGAGAAUUUGACGAACUAUGCAGUGAUUUCUAUUUGGUGAUGACUGAGCAACUCGGCAGAAUGAUUGAGGAACUAGACAAAGAGAUCGAUGGUGCACGGUUUCGCCAUGCCCACAAAUUAAUCGGAAUCAUCACACAAUUGGAUGGGGCUUCUGUGGGUCAUCUUGUUGAAGUUUCAGUACUCAAAUUGGCCCUCAUAUAUAAACCGCAUUGGACUGAUGUCAACGUCGCGGACGCAACGAUACGACUAAUACAUAGACACCUGUCCACUGGAUGCUCUAGACACACCAAGGCGCUACGGAUAUUAUUGGCCUUCACAAAACAGUUAAGGUCAAUUGUAGGACAUCACCGCUUGGCUGAUCGCACAAUUCUGGCUAUUGGGGGCAUGUUGUCCAGCACACACGAAACUAAUGUGAACACGGAGUAUACGCUGUAUACGAACGAAUUGCAAAGGUACAUGGAGGCAAGUAUGCAACGCAGGGACAUUGAAACACCUGUGGAGGACCCAACUGAGAUGAGUACCAGCCCCGCUAAGCGGACCAUGAGAACAAAACAGGAUGAUAUUGUGGAUGCCAUCAAGAAGAAAUUGAGAUGUAUGCGACAACCUGUGAGACCGGAUUGCUCGACGGGGCCGUAUAUUACGAACCAGGUUUGCAAUAAUGGCUGUAAUAUGUCGCUAAACAGUCAAAUAUGA